UGCAAAUUUUAAAAGCUCCUGCAAGAUAUUUAUAAAGCCAAAACGUAGAUCUAGAUCCAAAAUCUCCACACUAACAGCCCCGACAAGUGAAAUCGCCUGCAGUUGUAAUCUUUAGUGCGUGCGAAGUGUCCUUUCAUACCAAGAGAAGCAUCAAAAAGUUUUCUCUUCUAGUCAUUUAGCUCCAUUCAUCAUUCCAGGGACAUACUUGUUUAUCAUUUUCACCUUCGCUUCGCCAGUACUUGCUAGACCUCUCAGACUUCCUUCCGAAGUUCGUUUCCCUUCCAGACAUCGGAGUUCAAGUUUUAUACCUUUCUUUCCGUCGGAAACAGGAUGGCAGCCGCUAACCAGCAUGUCGCGGAACACUUGGACCGCCAGGUCCGCGCCCAAGCGGAAGCCGGGAUUGGUUUCCCCACGGCGGCUCAGCAGCAGCAGUUAGACAACUCGCUGCAGGACAUUCGUGAGAAAUGUGAUAGCAAGCAGUUUCUCUACAUGCAGUCCCUGUUCGAGUCGGGUCGUCUCCACCAUGCUAUGUCCGGCGACGUCAUGAAAAUCGCGCCCACCGAAGCUUACGCGGCGGUGCGGGUUGUCGGCAUUUUGGGAAACCGGGAGACGACUACGGGCCAGAAACAGGUGACCGAGAAACUCACCGGGAGUUUGAAGGUCGGGGUGGCGGCCGAUACUCUCCCGAAGGAAAAAGUCUAUGAAAUUUUCAAUGAACAGUGGAAGUUGGCGCUGGACCCCACCUGCCUGCCGGUGGUGGACGCCCUGCCGGCGAAUACUUUUCGGGCGCGUCGUUAUAACGCGGCGAUCGUGAGUGAACUCGGUCCGGCUUUUCAAACGGCGAUCGCCGGAGAAAUCCGCGCCCUGAAGUCGUUGGAGGUUCUGCAGGAGAAAAUCGAUAAGCAGGAGAAGAAAUUGCAGGAGGUAAUUACUGCUACCAAUAACAUGAACAAGCGCCGCCUCACUUUGGCGGAUGCUGAUGAUAAGGCCAAGCGCUUGAAGAAUAAGGGCGACGGAAAAGGUAGAGCCAUGGUAUGCUUAAAGUGGAUGCAGGGCCAGUGUUCCAAAUCUGGCCCCUGCCCCGACAAGCAGCAGCACGGGGGGGAUCUCGAUAAGUUGUCCUUUCUGAACAAGAGAUUUCUUAACUCCCGCCUUUCUGGUGAGGAAUUGUUGAAGCUCUCGAAACAACAGCCAUAGAUCGAGCCCUUUUGUAUGUUGUACUUAGACUAUAUCGCGAUCGGGUUUUUAAUCUUGAAGUUAGUAUUUUGGUAGUAAGGUUCUCGAGCAUCAGAAGCCGCUCGCAUUUAUGCAGUGGCACGCUGAUUCAGACACGCAGUCGAAUCUUUGACACCAAGAAAAUUGAAUGAUGGACAAGCAGUACACCACGAUAUGCAAACAUCCUGCCCGCCCCAUUGUAACGAAAUUAAAACAAUUUAGAAAGGAAUGCUAGCUCCAAGGAGCGUACCUAAAACCAGGGCUAUAGGGUAUGGACGCAAGACGAUAAUGAACUAGAUGAAGAGCAGAGCCACGCGCCUGAUUAGAGGACACAUGUCAGGUAGCCGGCCCCUGGCAAAUUCCGCCACUGAUUUCCCGCCUAAAAAAAUCUAAAUCCUAGCAAAGACCCGGCGCAGUUCCGUCGUGCUCUUCCUUUGGAAGUCGUGGCAGUGUGUGGAGAAAGGGCGCCCCCCUCGGGGCAUGUGGUCGGCCGCAGUCUUGUUCGUUCUGUUUCUCCGAAGGCCUCCGCUUUUUUUUUGUAUCCGCCCCCGCAAUGUUG